CAGUGUUAGCGUUAGAGUCGGCGAUCGCUAAGAAGAUAUUGAGAAAUUAAGAGUAGACGUUGAUGGAAAAAGUAUCACAUUUAACUGAUAGAAAUGCAUUCAAUGUAGUUUAAUGUGUGUCGCCUGUCUGUGCUUUGAUUUUUUUACCUGAUCAUAGCUGAUGCGGGUUUAUCAGAUUGAUUGAUACAAUAAUAUUAGUUGAGAUAGGACAGCUAGUGACAGCUGUUCUAAUUGUCUGCUUAAGCAUUUGUAGGGGGGAAAAAAUGAUUUUAUGAGAAGUGCCAAUUCCCCUGCCUGCUCAGCCAGCGGACUUACUUUUGUAUUUUACCAGUUAUUAAGCCUUUACAGGCAAUUUAUAAUUGAAGAGACUAUAUAAAUACACCAAGUCACUUACCACCACCAGUACAUGUACGUAGAGUGGUAUGAGAGUUGUCCUUGUGCUCCUUACGAAACCUAUAUAAAUAUCUGUGCCUUGCGGGAAAUUAAUCAACAUCAGACUUAAAUAAACAUUCAAACGUAAUUAAAUUAAUUCCAACUCACUGGAACCAUGUCAAGACUAAGAAGUAAUGAUGAUGGAUCUCGAUCAAGCCUGUCUUCAGUCAGCAGACCAAGUGAUGCUACCUCAUCAAAUUCAAGGACGUUUCUUUCCCCGGCACCAUCUGUGCUAAUUGACAUGUCAAAAGCUGUGCCCAGCCCUGUGGAUUCAGUCCAACAGCCUCCUGAUGAACUCAUGUUGUUAUGUCUCAAUAUCACCGAGCUGACUCAAACAACACAAUUCACACUGCUGACAACGGCUAUUUUCUUUUUCUACUUGAUAUAUGGCUAUAUGCAGGAGUUGAUUUUUAAGCUUGAAGGGUUUCAACCUUACGGCUGGUAUCUUACACUUGUUCAGUUUGCAUUUUACUCCAUCUUUGGCCUAGCAGAGCUUUCUGUGAAGGAGGACAAGAAGAGAAGAAUUCCAUUGAAGACAUAUACUUUGCUAGCAUUCCUCACCGUCGCCACUAUGGGGUUGUCAAACACGUCUGUGGGAUAUCUCAACUACCCCACUCAGGUUAUCUUUAAAUGCUGCAAACUCAUACCAGUACUACUUGGUGGGAUAUUCAUACAAGGUAAAAAGUAUGGUAUAUUUGACUACCUCUCCUGUGUGUGCAUGAGUGUUGGGCUCAUCCUCUUCACCCUGGCAGACAGCAGUGUAUCUCCAAGAUUUAACACCUAUGGUAUUAUCUUGAUCACGCUGGCCCUGGCAGCUGAUGCUGUCAUAGGAAAUGUCCAGGAGAAGACCAUGAAGCAGUUCUCAGCCACCAACUCAGAAGUGGUAUUGUACUCCUACGGAAUUGGCUUUAUCUAUAUUCUCCUCGGCCUGUUGGUUUCUGGACAGAUUAUCCCAGCAUUUAAAUUUUGUCUGCAGUAUCCGAUGGAAACAUAUGGUUAUGCAUGGUUUUUCUCAAUGACUGGUUACAUCGGUGUGAAGCUGGUUCUCACCAUGGUGAAGACAUUUGGAGCUUUGGUCGCCGUAACAGUGACCACCUGCAGAAAAGCCAUCACCAUUGCUUCCUUUGUCUUCUUCACCAAGCCAUUCACAUUCCAGUAUGUCCUGGUCUGGAUAAUCGUGGUCCUGGGCAUAUACCUGAACAUUUACAGUAAAAACAGAAAGUCCUGGAACCAACGGUAUGGAAAUGGAUCGCUGACAGUAGACGACUCUUCCACAAACCAGCCCUACACACACAUUUACACGCAGAGAGGGUCAUUUAGCAACAUUUAGUGUGGGUUCUUUGGGUGAUAAGUAUAACCUGUAGUUCUUUUAAAGGAAUAUACAUUAUUUCCUGGGAUAUCCUGGUGUGUUGAAGUCCUGGGACACAUAUGGCUCAGUUUGACUUGUCAGUACUGCAGAUCAAAAGCUGUUGGCAAAUGAAGUCAUCUGUGCUCAAUUCUUUCUAUAUCAUGAUACAUGUAUGUCUGGUUUGUAGCCAUCUUCUGUGCCGGCACUAUUUUAUGCACCAUGGAGUCUAACAGCCUGUGUUGCAACCUAAUUGAAAUAUGCUUCUUUUCAUUCAAGGUUUCUGACUGACCAAAUCGUCAAAGCCAUUAUUAUCAUAUAUGCACUGUUUUGAUAGCUCUCAAAAUGACGUGAUAUGUCUGGCUUUGGCCCAGCUUUUUCACAAGUUGACCUCUUAAAAUUGUUCAGAAUAAAAUAUAUUUUUGUCAAAACUUUGUGACCCAUGGGAAGAAAGCCCUGGACAGAUUACUUGGAAAUUUUGCAGUAAAAAACCAGUGGAUAGAAAGUUUGGGUUUUUUUAAAUUAUGGUUUUGUAGGUCACGUUGUUUAGCUUUUGGAGCAAGACGUUUUCUCAUUGAGUCAUUGAACGGCAUCGUUUUAAUAUACAUGUAAAAUAAUUUUUUUUCUUGGGAAUUGAAGGUUAUAUUAGAGGGAAGACAAAUGCUGCUGAGGAGUGCUUACAUCCUGGUAACACUGUGAUAUUUUAAUUGACAGGAAUUGUUAUUUGCUGGCUAUUGCCACAAAUUUGUCAAAAAAAGAUGGAGGACUUAUUUUAUUUCAUUGGUGUUUUACACCAUACUCAAGAAUAUUUCACUUAUACAAUGGUAACCAUUAUUGUGGUGGGAGGAAACUGGGGACUUAUUUUGAAUGUGGCGAUGUAUUUAUUCUGUAUUUGUUAUUCUUUGGGAGUUUUAUAUGUACGUCAUGCAGUUGAAUGUUAACAUUAUGUGAUUUCUGUGAAAUUCAAAUCUCACCCUGAUUUAAGUCCCGGUUAAUUUAUUAUCAUACCAUGAUUAUUCAAUUCAGGGGAGAUAUUGUUGAAUAGUUUUGUUUAUUAUAAAUAUCUGAAUGUUAUUUGGUACAUACAUGUACAUUCAGGAGUACAGUGUUACUCAUUUUAUAUGGCUGAAUGCGUAGAAAUGGUGGACAUGAUAAAUUAAGGUGUCAACCAUAUUGGUUCUUGUAUAUAGAUAGACAUGUAU